GUUCACUCGAGAUCCCGUAUAAUGACCAGCUUGACGAAGACAAUGGUCUCUGCAGCGGCCGUCCCAACUUUUCUUUCUUGCCUACUUCUGACGCUCCCAGCAGUCGGAGAAAUAUUUAGCGCAGUCUCUCACAUGGAGAACCUAGUAGACGCAGAAUUGAAGCUGUCGCAGUCUCUAGGUCGCUACAUAGAAGUAGAAGAAGCCAGACUGAACAGGAUUAGGACGCUAGGGCGGCUUUUGUCAAACGUCAGCAGUCAAGCUAAUGCUGACAUCAGACGCUAUUUGGGUCAUCCUGUAAACGCGUAUCGUCUGCUUCGUCGUUUCAUCUCCGACUGGCAAGAAGUGGAGAAUCUCGUCGUGCAGCCGGCCACGUCGGAAGAUUUUAUUACACAAUUGACUCUCCUCAAACGCGUCUUUCCAACUCACGAGGACCUGUCUGGUGCAGCUACAGCUCUUAUGCGUCUACAGAGCACAUACAGACUAGAGGCCAGUGCAAUAGUCGAUGGCAGGAUACCAGGAGAUCAGAAAGAGAGAAUGUCAGUCAGUGAUUGCUAUUAUCUUGGCAAAAUUGCAUAUGAAGACAAAGACUAUAAAUUUGCGAGAGAAUGGAUGGAUGAGGCACUGAAGAGAUGGGAAGACAACGAAGAUAAGGACAUAACCUUAGUAGGCGUCUAUGACUACCUUGCAUUUGCAGAAUUCAAGAUGGGAAACUUGAAGAGAGCGAGUCGCUUAACAAAAGAAAUACUUAGUUUAGAACCGGAUCAUCCUCGUGCGCAUUCCAAUCUCGCUUACUACAAGAGCAUUAUUUCCAAAGAAGAAACGAAACGCGGUGAUGACGGAAGCCCGGCUGUUCAGACAAAACAGAAAGAGUCUCCAGAGGAAGAGGACGAUUACGAGAUUGUAGAUCCGAGGACACUGCCUUGGCGAAUAGAACGUCGUCGUUAUGAGAAACUGUGUCGAGAGCCAUUUCCUGUUUCAACAUAUCGUAGCAAGCAUUUCAAGUGUUUUUAUACAACAGGCAAUCGGCACCCACGACUGAUCCUCAAGCCAAUAGCUGUAGAGGUAGUCUUUUACAGGCCGACUAUCUUGGUGUACAGGAAUAUUCUCUCAGACAUUGAAAUCAAUCGUCUAAAGGAAUUGGGAGGACCUAAACUAAAUCGAGCAACUGCAUACGACUCGUCCCAACAAAAGUUCGCCCCUGCAGACUACCGAAUAAGCAAGAGUGCUUGGCUGAGUUCAACGGAUGAUGCCACUGGAAUUGUCGAACGAAUAGAUAAUCGAAUCGAAGCAGUAACUGGACUGUCGAUGAAGACAGCAGAGCAGUUGCAGGUUGUCAACUAUGGAAUCGGUGGACAGUAUGAACCACACUAUGAUCAUGCUGGGGAAGGUGAAGAUCCUUUCAAGGACGAGUCUGCUGGAAACAGAAUUGCCACGGUUCUGUUCUAUUUGAGUGAUCUCGAGGCAGGAGGAGCUACAGUAUUCACAGGUGCUGGAGCAAGGAUAUUACCCUCAAAGGGAGAUGCUUCGUUUUGGUAUAAUUUAUCCCCUGCUGGCAAAGGAGACUACAUGACUCGGCAUGCAGGCUGUCCGGUAUUGUCAGGAUUGAAAUGGGUGUGCAACAAGUGGAUACACGAACGAGAGCAGGAAUUCCGGAAGCCGUGCAAACUGAACGAGAAGGCAGACUGGAACAUUCAUAGUCCCGAACUGAACAAAUAGAGUCAUUUAUACACAUCCAUAUUGUUGCCUUUUCCUCUCUUGAAACUAUAUGAGUGUCCCUUCUCUAGAAAUAAGUCUGGCUACUAGAGAAAUUAAAAUAGAAGUCUGACUACGUCAAAUCUUGGUUUCC